AGUACACCACCGGAUUUUCAACACGACGUUACAGUUUGUUAGAAAAACUAACGGGUCAUACACCAAUUUGUUUAUUUAUUAAACAAUUAGUUUAUAAUAAGAUACAUAAAAUAUAGUGUAGUAUAGUUAUUGAUGCUCUAACAUUGUGUUGUACAAGAUGGUAUUGAGGUGUAGUGUGAUUAAGUUUCCAGGAUUUAAUAUUGUUCGGAUGCUGUAAUAAUGUUAAUAUGGUGUGAAGAGUGCGACGAUCGCGUCAAGACAACGACACCGUAUGCGACAGCAUGAUGCCGCAUGAUCGUGCCGCACCGCUCGCACGAUGCCGCGCCGCAAACGCAGGCUUGCGGCGCGAGUACGAGACUGCGCGCGGCAGAUGCUCGCUUUCCUGUUCAGCAACGUGGGCGUCAUUGUGCUGGUCGUCCUCUAUACUAUAGCCGUGUUUUGUUUUUCAGGCGCCUUCAUGUUCCAAGCGAUAGAAGGUGCGGCCCAGAUGGAACGUGAGAACAACAUGACGCGCGAGAGGGACAACACUGCGCAGUACCUGUGGCACAACGUCACGCUGACGCUCAAUCUGUUCAACGAAACUGAACUGAAGAAAAGGAUCAGCGUGGAGCUCCACAAGUACCAGGGGAAGGUGGUGUCCGCGGCGCGGCGCGGCUGGGACGGCGGCCGCUCCUCUAGGCAGUGGAGCUUCUCAUCCGCCUUCCUCUACUCACUUACAGUCAUCACCACCAUUGGUUAUGGACAUCUUUCACCGCGGACUAAUUGGGGCAAGGUGACCACGGUCUUUUACGCUCUGCUGGGAAUGCCACUUUUCCUUUUGUACCUCAGCAAUGUUGGGGAGUUACUGGCAAGGUGGUUCAAGUGCUUAUACGCAUUGGUGUGCCUCUGCAGGGGAUGUCCUGGAUUCACUCGACGUCGCAUCGCCAGGAUGCAUGCACAGAUAGAAGUCAGUGAGCCAGAGAGUAUUGAGCGUCCAGUUGUCUGGAGAUCACGAUGUUCUGAUUCAGACGUCACUCUUGAAAGACUACCAACAAAUUAUGGACCCAGGAGAUUAGACAACCAUACCAUGACCACCUGUAGAAGAUCUGAUCAUCAUAGCAUACCUCAUAGGAGCGCACAAAAUUACUUACCCUAUAGACUACCAGAUAACUCUUACAGAAGACCUGAAGGCAACAUUACUAAUUAUAACAGUAGACUAGAAGACUAUUCGAUUCCAAGAAGACAAGAAUACUAUCCUCCGUACAGAAGAGAGGAAAGUCCCGCGACCAGUGAGUUCAGCUACGUGACGUUUGACGCUCAGACCAUCACUGUACCCAUCAGCGUUUGUGUCUUCAUUAUGGUGGGUUACAUAAUAUUCGGGUCCAUGAUAUUUGGCAUGUGGGAAAAGUGGGAUCAGCUGGAUGGAGCAUAUUUCUGCUUUAUAUCACUGAGCAGCAUUGGUUUCGGCGACUUCGUGCCCGGCGAGCGCGUGUACAGCGCGCGCAUCGAGACCUCCUUCAUCGUGUGCUCCGCGUACCUCACGCUGGGGAUGGCGCUCGUCGCCAUGUGCUUCAACCUCAUGCAGGAACAAGUGAUCCAUUACUUCGCUGGACUGAAACGGGCUUUGAAACGUAUUUGCCGAUGCUGCAAAAGAUGACACCGUAUCGUUGUAGCCGUCUAGAAUUUAAUGUACCUACAUACAUAAAUGGGUGAUUCCCGAGACAAGUUCCUUAGCGUAAGAUCGGUGACAACAUUUUUUCUCACUACAAGUUAAGAAUGUAUACUUACGUUUGUUCGUAAUUAUCUACAAAAAUCUCAUCAUUAUAUUUACUUAAAUUCCUUUUUGCUUUGUACUAGUAGCGAGAAAAAUGGGACAUACUUCAUUCUGGGAGUGACCCAAAUAAACCUAUAAUUUUUUUUUCGAUGCAAACCCAAAAUUAACAUGGGUGUAACGACAGAAGCGUAUUUAAAAUCACUCGUUACACUCACGAAAUAUGAAUUUUUAUCAUUUUCACUUAUUACUGUUUUACAAAUAGGUGUUAUGCUACAAGAUGAACCAUGAUGUCCUAGAAAAUAAUUUUGAACCCUUUGAUACUCCGUUAACUUGUGUAAAAAUAUAAUCACUAAAAUCAACUUUAACUAGAUAAUAAGUAAAAAAAAUAAGUAUUACGAUAGUUAAAAUAAAUUACUUUAGCAAUAGUUAUAUUAAGUUUAUUAUUAUAUUCAGUAUACGAAAGAGUGUUCAAAGUAUAAUGUAUUAGGUAUGAUAAUGUAAAGUUG